AUGACAGUCUGCCACUGGAUCGGUCCCUACAGACUUGAUCCUACCCCGAACUGGCCUCCUUUCCUGAAGAUUGGUUUCCUCUCACAAAGCUCCGGCGCAUCUAAUACUUGGCAUGGCACUAUCCGUAGCAUCGUACCCCAACAUCACAAAGUCUCCUGUGCCGCAGUGGCACUGUGUCCAAUCCGAUUAUUCCAGACAUCCUCUUCACUGCUGCAAGUAUUGAUCGACCUUCUUCCCUCGACUUCAACGGUCCAACACGGCUCCUCAUCCUCUGCUGAUCUCCGAUUCCGAGCCUGGCGCUACACUAACAUAACAGCAGGGUUGUUGAGCCACAUGCUGCGAGCUACCAACAGCCGACCAGCUCCUUCGUUCCUCUGCCUCUCUUCGGAGUACUGUGCUGUGAACUACAGAUACCUCGAGCUUCUGGCGUCCCGCUGGUUCACGUCAAACCAGGACCUGCCUCGUCUUGCUGGAACGACACACGACGCACACAUGACAUACGACGUGAAUGUGACAGCCACAGCUCGAGUCACGGGCAAGGGGAAACGACUUGGUUUCAAUCCGUCAUUUUUGACUGCCCAAAGGUCGGCAACUAGGUUCGGGGAGAAGCCCACUUCAAACCCUCGCGUCAGCUUCGAGUCAUUAUUGCUAUCAACGCUUAAACCCAAUCUUGGAGUCUUGUCGCCAGCUCAUAGCUCGCUCGCACUGGUGUCCCAAGCCUCGGCCGUGCUUCAGCUGGACCUGCAGCUAACGGCGCAUAGGGACAUCCCGUCAGAUGCCGUUCAGCUCCUCUGCGCCUACGCCGUCUCAACUCUUGCCGCUUACUCUACUGCGAAGACGACCAACAACAACACAUUGUCGUCCUACCUUGGUGCUGAGCCGCACCCCCAGAGUAAAAGAAGGCGGAGGAAAAUCAACCCUCAAUCAAACGACCAACAUAUCAAGUAUCCGUACCGGCUACUCGCAAUUGCACUCAAGGCUUGCAAUCAUUGCCUGGAUAGUUCCAUAUACCCGAGCACAAUGGUGGUCGUUGUUAUGCUUCGCCUAGCACAACACCGUCACCUCCUGUGCUUCGGUUCUUAUUCAAUGGGCCUGAGCGUGUAA